UUUUUCUCGUUAUUUUUAAUAAAAAAAAUUUUCGUUAAUCAUAUUUCACAUAAACUUUUGUUAUGAAAGUUUCUUAAAAUUGCAUGAAGAAAAAAUAUAUUUGCUAUCGUAAAUUUUUGUAAGAGUAGAGGAAAAAAAAAGUAUCUGAAUAAGUGCCACGUGGCAAUAGUGCAAAGUCCUGACCCGUUACUAUUCGCGGGCGAGAUCUUCCCUAUAAAUGCCAUCCACCUUUCGUAAAAUUCCCUCCCGGUACCCUUAACGCUUUCUCUCUGCCCCUACCCUCCUCUCUCUGUAUCUCAAACUCAGAUUUCCAAAACAAAAAAUGAAGAACCAAAAUUCGCUUCAAAAUGGAAAUAAUGUUGAUGGUAAUUUAUUAGCCGCCGACAAUCGUGAUCGUGAUGGUGAUGGAUCGGCUCUGAUCUUCCUGGGAACCGGCUGCUCCAGUGCCGUCCCCAACGCAAUGUGCUUGAUCCAGCCCUCCGAUCCUCCCUGCCACGUAUGCUCCCAAUCCCUCUCUAUAUCUCCCGAGCAUAACCCUAAUUACAGGUGCAAUACAUCUUUGCUUAUAGAUUACUGUUCGAGCAAUGGUAUGCACAAUUAUAUUAUAAUUGAUGUUGGGAAGACAUUUAGGGAGCAAGUUCUUCGAUGGUUUACUUUCCACAAGAUUCCUCGAAUCGAUUCGAUUAUUUUGACUCAUGAACAUGCUGAUGCAGUUCUUGGUCUGGAUGAUAUACGUGCUGUGCAGCCACAUAGUCCUACAAACGAUAUUGAUCCCACUGCCAUUUACCUAACUCAAUAUGCGAUGGAUAGCAUUGCCACAAAAUUUCCAUACUUGGUUCAGAAGAAACUUAGAGAAGGCCAAGAAGUAAGACGGGUGGCACAGCUUGACUGGAAGAUAAUUGAGGAGCAUUAUGACAAACCAUUUGUUGCAUCAGGACUAAAAUUCAUUCCUUUGCCAGUGAUGCAUGGAGAAGAUUAUAUCUGUUUAGGUUUUCUUUUUGGUGAAAAUUGUAAAGUGGCUUAUAUUUCUGAUAUCUCACGUUUUCCUUCAAACACAGAAUACGUUAUUUCCAAAAAUGGUGCUGGACAAUUGGAUCUUCUGAUAUUAGAUUGUUUAUACAAGAAAGGAUCCCAUAACGUUCAUUUAUGCUUACCACAGACUCUUGAGGCUCUAAAGAGGAUAUAUCCAAAACAAGCUCUAUUAAUUGGAAUGACUCAUGAGUUUGAUCACCACAAGGACAAUGAGUUUCUUAUGGAAUGGUCUGAGAGGGAAGGAAUCCAUGUGCAACUAGCACGCGACGGUCUGAGGGUCCCCAUAGACCUAUAAUGAGGUGAGGCAUGUCUUUAGAAAGUUGUUUUGAUGCCAGGUUUAUACAUGGGCCACGGAAACAUUCAUACUUUUCCAUCCCAUUGGAUUGGGAGAAGAGCAAUUAUAUUCUGUUAAUUAUUUAUAGCUUCAGUAGAUCUGGGGUUUAGGGUUUAUAAUAUGGUAAACAAUGUGAACAACGAGAAAAGUGCAAGCAGAGAGGAUUCCUGAUGUUACCGCUUGAUCGUUAAACUUGUUCCAAGUUCUACUACCCUUUCUUCUUUGUAACAUUGUUUUUUAAAAUAAUUUUAUUCAAUCAUUACCCACCCUUUAUAUGGUUGGUGGACCGGAAGCGUAGAUUCAUCCCCGCGUUUUCCAACAUUUGCAUUGGAAUUAAGGAACCGAUGUAGUUCCUCGAAAAGAUUUAAAUAAUUGGUACGUGUCCAUGCAGGAAUAAUUAAAAAAUAAUUAUUAUUUCAUUAUUAAAAAAACUCAACGAGAUUCAA